GGAGAGCAGCAGCUGAAUGCUUUUUACCACAGUCUGGCUGAAGAGGAUGGGAUGGUCAGCCUCAGAGAGCUGAACACACACACUCACACACUCCUCACAAACUCCGCUGUGGACGGGGCAGACGGACAGACAGGACGGGGGGGGGGGGGCGUGUGAUUUUUAGGGAAGCCCCACAGAGCCCCGCCCUCUGUGCUUGCUGGAGGGAGGGGGACCCAGGCUGAGAGGGGAAGCUCGUGGUCACAAAACGCGCAGCCUCUGAACAGGGGACACCUACAGGAGGAGCUCCCUCCACCGGCAGCCGUUCUCCUUACCCAUAAGCCUUUGUUUCUUUGCGAGUCGGUAAACGUGAUCGCCGAUCCAUCUGGAGGUACCGAAGAGAACAGCCUAACAGUGCAGUUUACUUAACCGGACCUCAGGGGUGAAGACCUUGCGUUCGUUUCUGGAAGCAGAUCGGCAGAGACGUAACUCCCCCCUCCCCCUCCCCCAUGCCCAGGAGAAUCUCGAACCCGUGUUUGAGCAGCUCGUCUCCGGCCACCGGCAGCCUUCUCCCGUUCCCCCCAGCAAAGAUGCGUCGCUUCAGAAAGCUAAGGAAAUCCAUCCCCUUUCUCACGCACAUCCAUGUGUACAGACAGCUGGGCGGCAGCAUGCAGGCGGACGAGGGCACAGAAUGGCUGCUGGAGCUCCUGAUGGAGGUGCAGCUGCAGCAGUACCUCCUGCGAAUCCGCGACGACCUCAACGUCACCCGCCUCUCCCACUUCGACUACGUCAAGAACGAGGACCUGGAGAAGAUCGGGAUGGGGCGCCCAGGGCAGAGACGGCUGUGGGAGGCGGUUAAGAGAAGGAAGGCUCUGUGCAAACGCAAGUCCUGGAUGAGUAAGGUGUUCAGCGGGAAGAGACCGGACUCAGACCUCCAGCCGCAGCCGGGCUGCACUUUUCGGAAGCCGUCCCCAACACCGCCCCCGGCGGAGGGGCACCAGGCCCUCACCUGCCUGAUCAGCGACGCGGACCUGGCGCUCUUCCAGAAGCUGGGCGACGGCUCCUUCGGGGUGGUGAAGCGCGGGGAGUGGGUCACACCCUCGGGGAAGGUGAUCAGCGUGGCGGUGAAGUGUCUGAAGACGGACGUGCUGAGCCAGCCGGACGCUCUGGAUGACUUCAUCCGGGAGGUGAACGCCAUGCACUCGCUGGACCACCAGAACCUGAUCCGGCUCUACGGCGUGGUCCUCACGCACCCCAUGAAAAUGGUGACGGAGCUGGCCCUGCUGGGGUCUCUGCUGGACCGCCUGCGGAAGAACCAGGGCCACCUGCUGAUCUCCACGCUGUGCCACUACGCCAUCCAGAUCGCCAACGGCAUGGCCUACCUGGAGUCCAAGCGCUUCAUCCACCGGGACCUGGCCGCCCGCAACAUCCUGCUGGCCUCCAAAGACCUGGUGAAGAUCGGGGACUUCGGCCUCAUGAGGGCGCUGCCCAAAAACGACGACCACUACGUCAUGCAGGAGCACCGCAAGGUCCCCUUCGCCUGGUGUGCCCCGGAGAGCCUGAAGACACGCACCUUCUCCCACGCCAGUGACACCUGGAUGUUCGGCGUGACCCUGUGGGAGAUGUUCACCCACGGCCAGGAGCCCUGGCUGGGCCUCAACGGCAGCCAGAUCCUCCACAAGGUGGAUAAGGAUGGGGAGAGGCUGCCCAAGCCGGAGGACUGCCCCCUGGACAUCUACAACGUGAUGCUGCAGAGCUGGGCGCAGAAGCCCGACGACCGGCCCACCUUCGUGGCCCUGCGCGAGUUCCUGGUGGAGACGAUGCCCACAGACAUGAGGGCCCUGCAGGACUUUGAGGAGCCGGACAAGCUGCACAUCCAGAUGAACGACGUCAUCACCAUCAUCGAGGGGAGGGCUGAGAACUACUGGUGGCGGGGGCAGAACAAACGCACACUGAAAGUGGGCCAGUUUCCCCGGAACGCCGUCACCUCGGUGGCCGGCCUGUCAGCCCACGACAUCAGCCGGCCGCUCAAGCACAGCUUCAUCCACACGGGCCACGGGGACAGCAACCCCCAGCGCUCCUGGGGCUUCCCCGACAAGAUCGACGACCUGUACCUCGGCAACCCCAUGGACCCUCCGGACGUUUUGGGAAUGGAGCUGUCCGCCACCAGACCCACUCAGCUACCUGGACGGGCCAAAAAGCAGCCCCCGCCGCGGCCCCCCCAGCCCGCCAUAUUCGCUCAGAAGGCGUGCUAUGAGACCGUGAGCGAGGACGAUGACCCUGCAUCCAUGGGUCUGAGGAGGCUCUCUCUGAGGAGCCCGGGAACGGUCAGAGGGCUGCGCUUCAAAGCCGCCGGCCCGCAGAGGAACGGGGGCAGGACAGAGGGGCCGCUGAUCGAUUUCGGAGAGGAGAUCUCUUCCUCCGCCGUGCCCUCCCCCGGCACAGAGCCGCACACGCCCACCUUGCCCAGAUCCCCGGGGGCCGACUUCCUGCUGGACACCACGCCCCCCCAGAGCCCCGGCGGCAUCCUGCCCCACCCCCUGCACCCCACCCUGGUGGUGGACUGGGACACCCGCCCCUUGCCCCUCCCCCCGGCCUACGACGACGUGGCCCAGGACGAGGACGACAUCGAGGUGAGCUCCAUCAACGGGGCGGAGCAGGAGGGCAGGGCCGAGCAGGGGGAGGUGGAGCCGGAGGGCGGGGCCGAGCUGGGGGAGGCGGAGCAGGGGGGGGCUUCGGCAACCGCGCCCAUCGACAUCGAAGCGGGCGGGGCCAAGCGGCGGGUGGAGGACAACCUCUUCCUCCCGCCCAAGCAGGGCUGCAGCCGGAGCUUCUCGCAGUCGGCAGAGAUCUUCCAGGAGCUACAGCAGGAGUGCAUGAGGAGGCUGAACGUGCCCGUCAGCUCCUCCCUGCCCCCCUCCCCCACCCCCACCCACACCCCCGCAGGCCUGGACUCCGCCCACCGGCAGAUCAUCCUCUCCUUCCCCCAGGACAAGCCCCAAAUCCCGCCCCGGAUCCCCAUCCCGCCCCGCCCCAGCCGGCGCAACGACCCCACCCGUCGCUCCGCCGACAUGUCCCCCUCUGACGCGGACGACCGGGACAGGCCCCCCCUGCUCCCUCCCCGGGACCUCAUGUCCCUCCCGAACUCCCGCGCCCCCAGCCCCCUCAGCCCCCACGUGGGCUCGCCCCAGCAGCGGGCGGGGCUGUGCUCCGCCCUGUCCCUGGGCUCCUGCUGCCUCUCCACCUCCCCCGGCAGGCCCAUGCCCACCACCCAGAGCUUCGCCCCCGACCCCAAGUACGCCGCCCCCAAGGUGAUCCAGGCGCAGGGCAAGGAGCCCCCCCGGGCGCCCUGCAUCCUGCCCAUCGUGCGGGACGGGCGCAAGGUGAGCAGCACGCACUACUACCUCCUGCCCGAGCGGCCGGCGUACCUGGACAGGUUCGACCGCUUCUUCAGGGAGGCCGAGGACAAGCGGCCAGCCAACACGGCCACCGUGCGGCCCAUGAUGCAGCAGCAGCAGGGAGACCCCAAGGACAACUUCUCCUCCAACAACAACAACGGUGGCGGUCCAAAGGCCCAUGUGUGCGCCGUGGCCCCGCCCAACCAGUCCCGGGCGGCCGGCGAAGGCCAGGCCAGCGCCGCGGACAAGGUUAAACUGGUGCAGGAGGCCGUCCACGGGGUGACCAUAGAGGAAUGCCAGACGGCACUGCAGAGCCACGGCUGGAAUGUGCAGACGGCCGUGCAGUAUCUGAAGGUGGAACAGCUGUUCUGUCUGGGGCUGAAGAGCAGGGCUGAAUGCCAGAAGGUUCUGGAAACGCACGACUGGAACCUGGAGCGGGCCAGCACGCAGAUGCUGGACUCGUACGGCGCCGGGAGACAGAGGCGAUGAUGGUGGUCAUUUGGGAGAGUCGCCCUCAUUCUCUGCACUACGGAAGGACAGACACAGAGAGAUGAACGGACUGGGGCCCCAUCCUCUUAGACAGACUUUGCUGUUACUGCUGCUACACCCUGUUGAGCCCUGAGAGAGGGCAUGACCUCUGAACUUUAACCCCCCCCCC